AUGCGCCUUGUCUUCCUGCUCUUCCUAGUGCCCUUCUGCUCUGCUGCAGUACUCCAGCUCCCUACCAAAAGCACCGGCUCCCUUCGUGCCAAGCUCAUCCAAGCUGGAAAAUACCAAGAAUUCCUGGCUUCCCAGCAUGCUGCUCGGCUCCAGCAGCUCAACACCGGAUCCCAGCCACUCAUCGAUUACUAUGACGACAUGUAUCUCGCGAACAUCACUGUCGGGACCCCGCCACAACCUGCUAGUGUAGUUUUGGACACUGCAUCCGCCAACUUGUGGGUCAUCGAUGCUGCAUGCAAUUCACAGGCGUGCAAUGGGAAUCCAGGUUCGGGGUAUACUAAGCAGAAGUUUAAUCCGAACAAGUCUUCGACAUUUGUGAAGGGUACCCGCAGAUUCUCUAUUCAGUAUGGCUCUGGAACUAGCAGUGGGUACCUGGGAACUGAUGUCUUGCAACUCGGGGGACUAACGGUUAAGGCUCAAGAAUUCGGAGUUGCAACAAAUCUCGGUUCAGUCUUAGGAAGUGAGCCAAUGGACGGUAUCUUUGGGCUCGGAUGGCCAGCAAUCUCUGUAGAUCAAGUAACCCCUCCAAUGCAGAACUUGAUCUCCCAGAAGCAGCUAGACGCCCCUCUCUUCAGUAUCUGGGUGGAUAGAAAGCUUCAAGUCUCCCAGGGUGGCACCGGAGGACUCAUUACAUAUGGUGCUGUGGACACAAAGAAUUGUGAUGCUCAGGUGAACUAUGUCGCGUUGAGCUCAAAGACGUAUUGGCAAUUUCCGAUGGAUGGGGUGGCGAUUGGAAAUUAUGCAAUGAUGAAGCAGGAGCAGGCAAUCUCUGACACCGGAUCCGCCUGGCUUGGUCUCCCAAAUCCAGUCCUCAAUGCAAUAGUCCAACAAACCAAGGCCACCUAUGACUGGAACUAUGAGAUCUACACACUCGACUGCUCCACUAUGCAAACUCAGCCUGAUCUUGUAUUCACUAUCGGUGGAAUGCAGUACCCUGUGAAGUCUAUCGAGUAUAUUCUUGACUUGGGACUUGGAAAUGGGAGAUGUGUUCUUGCAAUGUUAUCAUACUCUAAUACAGGAUUUGGACCGUCAUAUGUGCUUGGGCACGUGUUCAUUCGACAGUUUUGUAAUGUAUAUGACAUUGGAAAUGCUAGAAUUGGAUUUGCAAAUGCUCAUCAUAGUUUCUAAAGUGUUGUUUUGUGGAAUAAAGUUGUAU